AUGUGGUGUCCUGUUGAUCUGCGUAGCCGGCCCCUUCCCUCCUUCCCCUUGGCCCCAUUGCAGAAACCGUGGCUGGGAGUCUGCUGCCUUCGCUCUCAGGCUCUGAGAAGGCAGCUCGUGCUGGGCAGCAUCGCUCCCAUCGGGUGUUUCUCGGUGCUGGUGGUCGCCCCGGACAGGGGGGAUGAGCGGCGGCAGCAUCUCUGGGGCAAGAUGCCGGAGCAGAGCAACGACUACCGGGUGGUGGUGUUUGGCGCCGGCGGUGUGGGCAAGAGCUCGCUGGUGCUGCGCUUCGUGAAGGGGACCUUCCGGGACACCUACAUCCCCACCAUCGAGGACACCUACCGCCAGGUCAUCAGCUGCGACAAGAGCGUCUGCACCCUGCAGAUCACCGACACCACGGGCAGCCACCAGUUCCCGGCCAUGCAGCGCCUCUCCAUCUCCAAGGGCCAUGCCUUCAUCCUGGUCUUCUCCGUCACCAGCAAGCAGUCCCUGGAGGAGCUGAAGCCCAUCUACCAGCAGAUCGUGCAGAUCAAGGGCAGCGUGGAGAGCAUCCCCAUCAUGCUGGUGGGCAACAAGUGCGACGAGACCCAGCGGGAGGUGGAGAGCAGGGAGGGGGAGGCCAUGGCCAAGGAGUGGAAAUGCGCCUUCAUGGAGACCUCGGCCAAGAUGAACUACAACGUCAAGGAGCUCUUCCAGGAGCUGCUGAACCUGGAGAAGAGGAGGAACGUCAGCCUCACCAUCGACGGGAAGCGCUCCAGCAAGCAGAAGAGGACAGACAAAAUCAAGGGGAAGUGCAGCAUCAUGUAGAGCCCCGGACUGGCCCGCACCCCCCUCCCCGGUCCCCCCCUCUCCCCCUCCCACGACUGGACGUGGCAUCGCAGCGGGGCCGUCCCCUUGUCCUCCCGUGCCAUCACUGUGACUCUGCGGGGACGCCGCGGCACGCGGGGCAUGCGUCGGAAGACGGGGCAUCCCGCCGAGCCCGGGGGUGCACAACCGCCCCGUGCCCGGCACAGCGGGACGGGGGACACGCGGCCGGGCACCGCUGGGGAGCACACGGACAGGCACCCCCCGCCCCCGCAACACACACACAUUCUGCAGCACAACCAGCGGCACCGGCCGGUCCCCAUCCCCUCCCCGGCGGGGGACCCCGCGUCGGUCCUCGUGGGUGGGAAGGACGGUGUGAUGUGGGGGCGUCGGUGUCACCCUUGGGGACGGUCACACGCAUCCCAGGCCCUCCCCGCGCCCCCGUCCCCACGCCAUAGCGCUCUGCUCCUGCAGGCAGAGACCCCGGGGUGGGAGCAGCCCCCGCACGGUCCCCGCUGCCCCCGAGCCCCGUGCUGGCACCGUGGCCCCCGCCAUGUCCCCGAGCCCCCAGCCCCGUCCCGGUGCCGCAGCCGGAGCCGCCAGCCCAAGCACAAAGCAUCGGGUCCGAGGGAGGUCCUGACCCAGCACAAUCCUGGUGAGCUCCGGCGGGAGACCCCCGGCCCCGCAGCCGGCCGGACCCCCCCGCCCCGCUGCCCCCUUCCCACGCAGGAUGAGCCCCGCUGGGCCGCGAUGCCACGGUGAUGGGCGCUGCUGCUCCCUGCCGCGGUGCCCCGCCAGCGGCCAGCGUCCCCCCCUGCUCCCGCAGAGUCCCUGCUGCGGGAUGGCCUGGUCCCACACCCCGGGGACCUCCGACAUCCCCCCCCCUCGCCCCCCCAGCUCUGGUACAGCCCUGCUUGUUCCCCCAUGGCCGGAGCGGGGUCCCUGCGAUGUCACCAGCCCCUCGUCCCAGCGGGGUUUGUCCCCUCGCUCCGGCCCCCGCUCACCCUCCGCCGCGGCCCGAGGGGGUGUCCCCAAGGGGGGUGUCCCCGAGGGGGUGUCCCCGGGCAGGCUGGGCCCCCGCGGUGCGCCCAGCUCCCCGCACCCCCGGCUUUUUACAACACGACCCGAGCGCCCAGGGGACAAGGUGACAUUACGAUGUAGCCUUUAUUCUAGAAAUAGUCUUCCUUCAAUAAAGAGAUGAGAAAUG